AUGUCCACUAUACCUCUUGGCAUCCCCUACUUUAGGAAUCCGAAAGAGUUACCAGCACCUCUGCCUACCACCUCGGAAAUACCAGUAUCAAACGAUAUCAUCAAGGGAGCCGAGGCUUGGGCAACCAGGAAAUUUGUAAGCGUUGGUAAACAUUUUAUCGCAAAGUACAGCCCAUCCAAUGACGAAAUCGAAGGAGAAAACCUACUCUUCCUCGAGCGGAAUAACCUCCUAGGAUUCGCUCCUCGACUAUAUGCGAUGUGGAGGGGGGUUGACCGGAGUCUGUUCCUCCUGAUGGAACGUCUACCUGGAAAAACGCUUGAAUCGCUCUGGCCGACUCUUCCAAACCCGGACAACGACCGCAUUCUUGUCCAAAUCAGGGAUAUUCUAAGGGGUAUCCGCAGCUUGCCACAUCAAGGUUUCUUUGGCGCAGUCAAUAAGAGCCAUAUUCCCCAUCACUUGUUUUACUGGCCCAAAUACCCAGCUCACGUUUCGGGCCCAUUUACGACCGAGCGUACACUUGUACAGGGUCUGAUCUCGAAAUCGCGAUUAAAUGCACAAGAUAAUAAGCGCUAUUCGUAUCUAGCGGACUUUUUCGAGAGUCAGUUAAUGCGGGAUCUUGUAGUUGAUGGUAGAAUGCCCAUGUUCACACAGUCAGAUUUGCAGCGAAAACCGAUCCCAGUAGAGGAGGUAGAGGUGGAAUCGGCCCCGGAUAGAAAGCAAUUUCAUGUUUCGCUUGUUGAUUGGGAAUCUGCGGGUUGGUAUCCAGUGUAUUGGGAGCAUUUUGCUGCAUUUUUCGCUUUAAAAUGGGACGACGAUUGGUGUUGUAAGGUAGGGGACGUUAUUGACGGUUGGCCUGCUGAGACCGCUAUGAUGGAGAUGAUCUAUCAAGAUCUAUGGCUGUGA